AUGUCCUCAUACGUUGUAAAGCGUGGCUACACACUCGUCAAGGAAGAUGGACUCAGGAGCUUUAUGUGGCCAAAGAGACAGGCUACCCAAGUACUGCUCCUUGCUCUAAAUCCAAGAACAUCUUGGCGGUGUGAUACCCGCGCCAUGCAAAUACUAGCUGAGACAACAGACAAGAGGAACGCCUAUCAAGCUGUAGCUCUCAUCUUUCUCAAGGAAGUCGAAUCAGUCAACAGAGUAGAACUGAAACCGUACUGCUUUGAGAUCAUGACAAAGGACAAGACGUAUUACAUUGCCUGCAAGAGUGACGAAGAGCUAUACUCUUGGAUUGACGAAAUUUACUCGAGAUGCUCACCAGCUGGAAUAUCAGCUCCUUCCAACUUUUCACAUAACGUUCAUGUUGGUUUCGAUGCAAACAGUGGCUUGUUUACGGGCUUACCAAAGGAAUGGAUUGCUUUACUUGAAAACAGUUCCAUUACAAAGGAAGACAUGAACAAGAAUCCACAAGCAGUAUUGGACGUGCUGGAAUUCUAUACUGAAAACAUGAAAAAGGAUCGUGCUGCUGCAUCAGGUCGAUUACGAUCACCGCCGAGUCAGAGGCGAAUGGAUUCCAAUGAAAGGCCGUAUAAUAGUAAAGGUUAUGGCGAUGAAAAUGGAUAUGAUAAUGUAUCGCAAUCAUCGUCAUCGCCUUAUGGAUCUUCAUCACCACAAUUACAGCACGUAAACACCCGAGUAGUACCACCACCACCACCAAAUCGACCAGCCAUAGUACCACGUCCUCCUCAUACCAUCGACAAUGGUACCAUACCGACAUCCGGACCACAAAGACUACAACAAGACCGCUACCGAAAUGAUUCACCAGCUCGUAACGACAUGUAUGAUUCCCGUGACAGAGAUGGUGAUGUGAGGGAUCGUAAUAAUGAACGUAUUGACAGAGAAGACUGGGAUGCUCGAUCACAAAGAUCAGAUGUACGAGACAAUCGAGGUGAUAGAAUGGAAGCACCAGUUCGACGAGCACCACCAGAAGUUUCACGACCUGUUGAUUACGCUAAUCGAGCACCGCCACCUGAAGUACGAAGACCCAUGCCAGACUCUAGUAGGCGUCCACCUGAACGAAUUGAACCACAACGAGUAGAACGUCCAGAACGUGCUGAUCGAGGAGAUCGUAAUAUUAAUAAUGGUAAUGGUGAUAUGAAUGGUGAUGAACUGAUGAGAUCAAAAUCUCGAGAAGAUCGACCUAUCCGAGACGAAAAACCACUGUCACCACCACAACAAGUAUAUGAGGAACCAGCCGCCGUAGCAAAGAAACCAACGAAAUCCGAACGAAUGUCAACAAUGACUGAAGCUGAAAUCAUGGUGAAACUACGAGGAGUAGUAUCCAAGAACGAUCCAGCUCAAACGUAUUCCAAAAUCAAGAAAAUAGGACAAGGAGCAUCUGGAUCUGUAUAUGUAGCACGAAACAUGAUUAAUCAAACGACAGUAGCCAUCAAACAAAUGGAUUUGGCUCAUCAACCACGUAAAGAAUUGAUUGUGAAUGAAAUCCUAGUCAUGAAGGAAUCUCAACAUCCCAAUAUUGUCAAUUAUUUGGACUCCUUCCUUGUUCGUGGUGAAUUAUGGGUUGUUAUGGAGUAUAUGGAGGGUGGUCCAUUGACUGAUAUUAUUGAUGCUAAUCAGUUGACGGAGGCUCAGAUAGCUACUGUGACUUUUGAGACAUUGAAGGGAUUGAAUCAUCUUCAUAUACGACAAAUCAUUCAUCGUGACAUCAAGAGUGAUAACGUCUUGUUGGAUUCUGAAGGCCACGUCAAAAUAACUGACUUUGGUUUCUGUGCAAAACUAAACUCUGAACGAAACAAGCGAGCUACCAUGGUCGGAACACCCUAUUGGAUGGCUCCAGAAGUAGUCAAACAAAAAGAAUACGGAGCAAAAGUAGAUAUUUGGUCACUCGGUAUCAUGGCCAUUGAAAUGGUGGAAGGUGAACCACCAUACUUGGAAGAAGAGCCUCUGAAAGCGUUAUACUUGAUUGCAACGAAUGGAACACCAACGCUGAAAGCACCUGAAAAGUUGUCUGGAGUCUUCAAGAACUUUUUAGGAAGAUGUCUUGAGGUGGAUGUGAAUAAGCGUGGGACUAGUGAUGAAUUGCUUAUGCAUCCUUUCUUACGUCUUGCUGCUCCUCUCUCUUCUUUGACGCCGCUAGUCAAAAAGACCAAAAAGCUAUGA